GGUAUGUUUUAGUAGGGACUACUGUAUAGUUUGGCGUUGGUUCCAUUUUCUUUCCCAAUUUCUAUUGUUUUCCCUUGAUGCUGCUGUUCGAUCGGAUGCGGGAACCGUGAUCACUCCCGGCAGAAUGCGGUCAAAUUCGGCGGUUUUAUCUUCAUCGCAGCCGGUAGACUCCCCAGACGACGGUCUCGCCGCAGAGCGCCGCCUACGUGAGGCGGAGGAUCGACUCAGGGAGGCCAUAGAGGAAUUGCAGCGUCGACAGCAUCGCGAGCAAGGUGUCCACCCGCCUUGCGACCACGCCGACGAAUCCUGCGUCGCCAAUGCCAUCGGAAACCUUUGCCAGAGCUUCCUUCUCUCUUACGGAGUUCGUGUUGGCAUCGGAAUUCUCCUCCGCGCUUUCAAGCUCGCUCGCGGCAAGUCCUAUUCAUCUCUCCUUGACCUCAAGCAACUCGUCUCAGAGAAAGAUCUGAUUGUGAGAGAGGAAGCUUGUCGGAUUGGCUUACUCUUUGGGGGGUUUACUGGUUCCUAUCAUGCUCUAAGGUGUGUGCUGAGGAAGAUUCGAAAGAAAGAGACGCCAUUAAAUGCAAUCUUUGCAGGUUCAGUGGCAGGUUUGUCCAUCUUAGCACUAGAUGAUUCCAGCAGGAGACGGACACUUGCUUUGUAUCUUCUAGCAAGGGUAGCCCAGUGUGCAUAUAACUCUGCUAAAUCCAAGAACAAAUUUCACCUCUGGGGAAGCCAUUGGAGUCACGGUGAUUCCUUGCUCUUUUCAUUAGCUUGUGCCCAGGUUAUGUAUGCAUUUAUUAUGCACCCUGAAAGCCUUCCAAAAUCAUAUCAAGACUUUAUUCAGAAAACUGGCCCAGUUGCAGCACCAGUGUAUAAGGCCGUUAAGGAUUGUUGCAGAGGCUCACCAGUAGAUGUUGGGGCACUGUCUGCUUAUUUAUCCCAGAGAAGGGUUUCAACCACUGUGAAGUUGGAAGAGUUUCCUUCCAUUAUUCCAUGUUCUCUGAUUCACGCUGGCACCAAUUCAUGUUUGGCACACAAUGCUAACGCAACAGCGGCUACUUUUCGGAAGACAUUUCCUCUCUAUUUCUCUUUGACUUUUGUUCCAUUCGUUGUUCUGCACUUGCAAAAGUUUAUGGCUGCUCCUGUUCGCACCUGUUGGUUUGCUCUUACUGGAGCUGUCCGUUCAACAACUUUUUUGUCAGCUUUUGUCGGGCUCUUUCAGGCAGUCAUAUGCUUGCAUAGAAAGGUUGCAACGAGGGACCACAAGCUUGUGUACUGGGUUGCAGGAGCAGCAUCCGGCCUGUCUGUACUGUUAGAGAAGAAAGCAAGACGAUCAGAACUUGCCUUAUAUGUUCUUCCCCGAGCUGGGGAAUCAUUGUGGUAUAUUCUUGUGAAUCGCCACUUGAUCCCCGAUUUCAAGAAUGCAGAGGUGGCAUUGUUCUGUGCAUGCAUGGGAGGGAUCAUGUACUACCUGGAGCACGAACCAGACACCAUGGCGCCAUUUCUCAGGGGUCUGAUUCGUCGUUUUCUGGCCAGCAAAAUUAGCAGCUCUGCCACCUCAUUAACCAAUAGGAAUGCAUCUUAUACAUAUCUCCAAGCUCUUGAUGUCGUCAUGAAGAAACCACCACCAAACCAGAAGAACCAAGAUCCCAAAACCUCUCCUAGAGAAAAAUAUAAUCUUGAAUCCAUACAAGGAUUGUGAGCUAUAUGUUCAUAUCUCCCCCUCCACACACACAUUUCUAUGCCAAAUUGCCCCAAUGUGUCCCGGAACCUUACCCCCUUUCCUUCACGCAAACACACACAUACUGUAACAUAUUUGUGUGAGUUUUUGUGUCCGCGUGAAGGGAAAAAUGAGGGGAAGAUUUGGGGGCUCUAUAGCAGAGCUCCACUUCCAUUAACCAAUAUCAUUCCUAAUUUUGAAUCUCGCAGAAGCAACAACCAUCUUUUCAUGAUUUUUUUUAUACAGAGCAAAGGAUUAGUCACGGACAUACAAAUGUGUUGCAGGCAACUUCUCCCCCCCGGAUUGUAUUUAGCGGAAUUUUUCAUUAACACGCCGUUUGGUUGAACUAUUGCGUGUUUGUAUUCAAAUACCCAUGUUGAACUCUGUGUCGCUCAUUUACCUUGUCAUUUGCUUCCCAGCAAUGUCACUACCUAUGUCGUUUUAAUAUGGCUUUCUUGUUAUUAUUGCACGAAAUUAAUUAAUCAAUUGUAUCCACUUGA